AUGUCUGAAUUUUUCACUGGGGAGGACAUUUCCAGUGGGGAUUAUAAACUGUCAAAGAGCCAAGAUUAUGACAAGUUCCUCUUGGGGCUAGCAGGUAUUGCGGAGGCCAGACGCAGCGAACUUGAAUCCGCCACGCCACUGAUUACCAUCUCCAAGGAUGGAGACGAAUGGAAUAUAACGGAGAAAAGCGAAUUGGGCAUUAAAGAGACUAAAUUUCAGAUGGGCGAAGCAUUCGACGACGUCCUUUUAAAUGGAGUCGGAACCAAGAGUAUUGCAUCUGAACAUGGCCCUUUUUUGAUUCUGAUGCACACUCCAUUGGAUGGUAGCGACAUGGUCUCUGUUUCUCACGAAUUUUUGGAGAACCAGGUCCGUGUCAGCCUGAGUGUGAGGGAUGCAGCUGCUGUUAGGAUUUUUGACCGUCUCUAGAGGAAUGAUCCUACCUAUGGCUCUUUAAUAUAUCGCUUAUGCCUCACCCUUAUCUUUGCAUCGUA